AUGAAUAAUGAUAUAAAUGAAAAUAUUAUAUCAUUAUAUAAUGCCAAAAAAUGGAAAGAAAUUGUUGCUCUAUCUUCUACACUAAACAAUUUUAAGCUUUGUAAAUUAUCAUGGGUGUUACCUAAUAUAGGUGAUCUGUAUUGGAUAAGUGACAUUACACAAAAGUUUAAUUUAUCUGGAAUUGCAAGUAUUGGUUGUGGAUGUGGAUUGUUAGAAUGGUUAUUACAAAAAUGUACAGGUUUGGAUAUUGUGGGCAUAGAAUUGGAUAGUUCUUGGUGGACUAGCAAAUAUUCUCCACCAAGAUUCUUAAAAAAUAUUAUCUUUAUUGAGACAGAGUCAAUGAAUUUUCGAGUGCCAAAACGAUAUGCGAUGUUAUUUUGUUAUUUUAAUAAUGGUAAGGCCUUUCGCAAUUAUAUAGAAAAUUACAAAGGUAAUUUAAUUUUUGUCAUUGGGCCCGCACAAGGGAAUAAUUGUACAACAGAUCCACUUCCAUUCGAUAACAAAUUUAAAAUAUAUAAUUGGAAAUUAAUAACACAAAAAAAAAUUAUGUAUUCCAAUAAUUAUAUUACUGCA